UAGAGUUAUAAGCUAAUAAGCUUGGCUGGAUAGCUAGCUAGCUUUCAUCACUUAGCAAAAUCAACAAAGGCUAGCUACCUAGCAAGUCUUAUUAAUUAGUUGACUAGUUAUCUUCUUCAUCAUCAAAUAAAAUGGAAACCAUCAACCACAUCAUCAACGGCAACGGGAACGACAAUGGUAAUAACCACGGUUACACCAAUGGUAAUAACCAUGCCGUAUAUGAAACCGAAAAAGAUACCAUCGUCACCACGGAACGAAAAUCAAUCAAAGCUCGCCUCCAAGACGGUGAUUGCUUGUACGGUAUGUCAUUUCUUAGCUUCUGCCCGACGAUGGUUGAGAUAGCAGGAUGGUCUGGCUAUGACUUCGUUAUCCUUGACCUCGAACACGGCUUCGGAGGCAUCUCUGAAGGCCUGCGAUGCAUCCAUGCACUCACUGCGGCCAACACACCGGUCAUCGUUCGUGUGCCGGAGCUUUCGCACGUGUGGGUCAAGAAAGUGCUCGACCUUGGUCCUCAAGGCAUUAUCUUCCCCCUCGUUGAUGGCCCCGAAUCAGCCAAGAAGGCCGUCUCCUAUUGCAGGUACCCUCCAAAUGGAGUUCGUGGAGUGGCAACGCCGAUUGUAAGGGCGUCAAGGUUUGGUAUUGAUGAAAGCUACGCAAAGAAGUACGAGAAAGAUUUGUUGAUUCUGUGCCAGGUAGAGACUGCAGAGGGAGUGGAUAACGUAGAAGGGAUUGCAGCCGUUGAUGGGGUUGAUGGCAUUAUGGUUGGACCGUUGGAUCUGAGUGCAAGUGUUGGGUGCAUGCACGAUCCCAGAAAUGAAAAGGUGAAAGAGAUGAUGAGGAAGAUUGAGAGCACCGUCUUAGGAAUGAAGAGGAAAGAGGGCGGUGGGCCCUACUUGGCUGGCUUCGCUAUGCCAUUCGACGGUCCGGAUCAGUUCAGGAGCCGCGGCUACAAAUUGAUUCGUGGGGUCACUGAUGUUGGCUUGUUCAAGAACGCAUGUGUUGGUGACGUCAGCAAGUUCAACAUGAACACCAACAAGAUCAACGGCCAGUACUACUAGUUUUCCAGGGUAUUAAUUGAGGCAUAAUAUAGUGUUGAGAAUAUAUAAUGAAUAAGAUCUCUCAUACGGUGUAAGAAGUUUUCUGAACUUGUUCUGUCUCUUUUGUGUUUUAGAAAUGUUACGUUGUUUCA